AGGACGCCAUAAGGAGGAGGGUCUGGAAGCUGGAACAGGAGCGAUACGGGCGGCAGCAGCAGCUGCAGCUGCUGCAGCAGUAGGAAACGCGGAACAUCAAGGUGCACUGGUGGAUAUGGAGACAGCACGGCCAGAUGUGUGUCAGGAGUACUCUCUGGUGGAGAUGGAAAAGGCUACAGAAGAGUGGGCAGACAGGAACAGGAUUGGCAGCGGCAGCUUUGGUGACGUGUACAAGGGCGUGUCUCCGUACGAUAGCAAUCAAGCUUGGGCAGUCAAACGAGCUCGAGUGCUCACCAAUGACUUCCAGAUAGAGGUGAAAGAGAUGGCAAGCAAGCACCACCCUCAUCUCGUGCGGCUGCUGGGCUACUGUAUUGACUUCAAUCCAGCAACACGAAGGAUGGAGCAGAUCCUUGUCUAUGAGCUCAUGCAGAACAAUGAUCUCGAGAGUUGGAUUGGACCUGGUGUCUCCAAUCCGCUUUCUCUGCAGCAACGGUUGGACGUGCUGAUUGGAGUGGCUAAGGGGCUGCAGUAUUUGCAUGAGUUUGGCAUUGUGCAUCGCGACAUGAAGCCCGCCAACAUCCUCCUCGAUGCAAAGAUGCAGGCCAAGAUUGCCGACUUUGGGCUUGUGAAGUUGACUGGAGGCACCUCUAUGGGUACCACUGUGGCUGCCACUCGAGUGAUGGGAACACCAGGCUUUGUGGAUCCAGCCUACUACAAGUCGCACAAGGCCACUCCAGCUGCUGAUGUCUAUAGUUUUGGAGUGGUGAUGCUGGUGGUCAUCACAGCACGCAAGGCAGUUCAUGUGACAGAGGACACCCACACCAACCUCAGGAAAUGGGUGGCUCCGCUGGUGGAAUCCAAUACAGUAUCGGCAUUCAAGGACCCUUGGCUGGACGCACCAGAUUAUUUCGUGCUGCGCUUGGCCCGCCUUGCCCUCUCCUGCACUGCCAUGCCCACGGCCUCCCGCCCCUCCAUGAGCCAAGCACUGGUAGAUCUGGUGAAGAUGAGGGAGGAGGCUUUUGGAGCUCAGGCAAAAAGGGUUGCAUCUCGCAUUGAUGAGGAAAUCGACACCUCGUUUCAUCUGGACUUCGAUGCUGAGAUUGCUCGAGUGAAGAACAUGGGCGUAUCGGGUAGCUCAUCUGGAAGUGCGUAGUGGGGGCAUACCAUAAAUACUCGAAUGAAACACAAACGAUUAUCAGAUGUGUCUUAGAGGACACCCUGUGUGUUAUCUUAUGCACUUAUUCUCUUGUUCUUUAUGCAGAUUACCU